UUCGACUCUGGAGCAAUUUCAUCAGAAGGAAGCUUUGUGCUCAUGUCGUUUUUCCAUCUCCGCUGCAUCACUACUAGCGAACAUUUCUUGUGCUCGAAGAUAAGAUGUCUUCUUUCUUAUCUAUGCCAUCUUUCGAAGAGAAGGUUUCCGAAGAUGUUGCUUUGAAGAAACGUUCGUGUCUGAAAAAGUAUAUCUCCAAAGUCUUCAAGGAGUCAUCUGUUACUGUUGUGUCAAGCAUCUUGUGCACUGUUGAUAAUCGACGAAAGGCUUUCAGGACAAUAGUUCUACUAAUUUGCCUGACAGGCUUCCUGUACCAAUGUAUUACAUUUCUUGGAUAUGCUUUCCAGUAUCCGACAAAUUUGGAUAUUGACAUACAGAAACCAGAGUUUCUGGAAGUUCCAGCUUAUACAUUUUGCAAUGACAAUGGGAUUGUGAAAAGCAAAUAUUGUGCUAAAUAUCCCGAUCACUGUAUAUUAGCAGAUGAAUCUAUUUGCAGAAGAUAUCCAAGGCACUGUACAGUAAACAAGACGCUGGUUCCUAAAAAGGAAUACUAUUUUGUCGAUUUAAACAUUACGCUAGAUGACGUCAAAGAAUUAGGGCAGAAUCUUACCGAAUUUCUUGUGAGAUCAAACGGAUUUAAUUAUGCUGAGGUAGAAGGACCUUUCGUGAGGAGCAAAGACUAUUUUGAUGGAAGCCGCUUAGGAUGUUACAGUAUAAAUACACUACUAGACAGCCCAAAAGAUGCAAGGAUGGUCCCCAGGCAAGACUUAAUCAAAGUUCCUACAAGUGUAUUCACGUUUGAUCUACAGCCCGAAGAAAUUUUCGUCCCCGGUGACCGCGCAGGAAUUCUGUUUUCUGUUCAUUCUCCCUUUAUAGGAGUGAAUCCUUUCGAAAGAGGCAUUUUCAUGAAAGCGGGAAGAACAUACAAGAUAUACGUUCGCAUGGAACAGGAAAUUUUAUUACCUCUUCCAUAUACGACGAAUUGCUUAAAUUAUACCGAAGAGUGGCUUAAAAGGAAUAAAACUGGGCCAAGAUCGAAAGAGAUGUGCGUGCACAAAUGUUUGCUUCAAGCUUUUAAAGCGUGUUACAACUGUAGUCCAUCUCUGGUCAUGUACCCUAAUAAUGAGAGAAUAUGUUCAAGCGCGGACCUAGAGGAAAACUGUGCGGAUGAAGAAAUACUAAAAUUUUAUGCCUGCUCUGGAAAGUGCAAAGAUGAUUGUUCGAGAUUUAAAUAUAUAUUUGACGUUCAAGAAAGGUAUGAGAGAGAAAAAAAUGAUCCUACAGAAACUAUGGAAGAAUCGGGCCAUAUCAGCGUGGAAAUCUAUUUAGAUGAUACAGAAAUUAUUCGUCUCCAGCAUAAGCCACAAUAUAGAGAUGUCGAACUUUUCAGUUACAUUGGUGGCUUUAUUGGUGUUUGGCUUGGGGUAUCGCUGGUGGAAGUGAUGGAUCUCCUUGAAGCUUCGUGUCGCAUUUUUACUUACGUAUUCAGAAAAAGAAACACAAAAUAAAUUUGUAUUGAAUUUGUAUAUUGUUCUAAAACAGAAAUUAGCUUUUGCGACAUAAAAUUACUCCCAAUUACGGGGGAAAAUUGUAAUUUACAUAAUGCAUGCAAUGUGAUAUAAACAUAUUGCAAUCAGUAUCUUCGCAUGUAAAACUAUAGCGACUACCUUUUUUUCCCUUUCCUUCUCUAUUAUAUUUAAAAGUUCGUUACAUGCUGUUUCUCUCCUAGUAAAGCUUGAACUAGUAAAUUUUAUUAUAACAAUGCUUAAUACGUGCUUUUAUUACGGUAAUCUUUUGUAUGUGCACUUCUUACAGAAAGCUAAUUGCUCAUAGAACGCUUCUUUAGCGUACCAUUUUCAAAAUGUACUAAUAAAAUAAUUUAGUUAUGUAAAAGAUAAAUAUUUAUUCUUCACUGAUAUAUAUAUAUCACAUACCAUACUUCAGCAACGAUUUAAUUCUUAUUGCAUUCUAUGUGAUUCAGUGCUCAUGUGUACUAAAUUGUUUGUGAUUUAUUACAGAAUUCAUACCUUAACAAAAUAGGUAAGUAACACAAUUACAUAAUGAAUAAAUAAACAAUUAGCCUAAUUCCAGCCAUUAACAUAAUGUAACUCUCUGAUGGAUAUUAAAAAUUAAUAAACGGGAUGACUUUCAUAAAUUACCUGACCUACUCAAUCACCCGUGAACAAGAAUAAACGUAACCUACGAAGUCUUCAGCAACUUAACCUACACAAAGUUCGACGAUAUUAUGAAUUGAACAUUAUAUUAUUGGAGAACAGGAUAUCAUAUCUGUAUGAUGUAUGAUAAAUUUUAAAGAUAAAGGAGUGGUAUACCAUUACAUCUAACCAGUAAACAAGUCCAAAAAAUCUGAUGUGUACACCACAUGACUUGAUUGUACGGAAUAUUAAAUUAUACGCAUUUUUUCUUGCAUUUCAUUUAAACUUAUUAGAUUGAAUUAAACCUAC